CAAAAAACGGGAGCAAACAAUACAGAAGCCGGUGACUGCCCGGAUGUAAUGCACAAAAUUUGAAUGUAAAUUUCGACGUUGAAAAGUCUAAUCGGUUUGUGUAUAAAUAAAUAAACGCUCCGAAUUUAAAUAUACUCCGUAUUAAUCAAUUCUUAAUUAAAAAUUAUAAUAAUAAUAAGUUGAUAAUUACACCACCGUUGUCAAAUCGUUGUCGUUGUCAUAAACUCUGUAUAAAACGGAGACGAACCUCCGGUACCUCACAGUUCAUCCGCUCCUCCAAAUCCUUUACAGAAUUAUCUGUUCCGCCGCGCAUUUUCCCGCUCGCCUCCUCAUUCGUAGUUUCUGCAAGGAGAAAUGGCGGAUCAACUGACCGAUGAUCAGAUCACCGAGUUCAAGGAAGCCUUUAGCCUCUUCGACAAGGACGGCGAUGGUUGCAUCACAACAAAGGAGCUUGGGACUGUGAUGAGAUCACUGGGGCAGAAUCCCACUGAAGCUGAGCUCCAGGAUAUGAUAAACGAAGUUGAUGCUGACGGAAAUGGAACUAUUGACUUUCCUGAGUUCCUAAAUCUGAUGGCUAGGAAGAUGAAGGACACUGACUCAGAGGAGGAGUUGAAAGAGGCAUUCAGAGUGUUUGAUAAGGAUCAGAAUGGUUUCAUCUCUGCUGCCGAGCUUCGUCACGUGAUGACCAAUCUUGGGGAGAAGCUAACGGACGAAGAGGUGGACGAGAUGAUACGGGAGGCAGACGUUGACGGAGAUGGUCAGAUUAACUACGAGGAGUUUGUCAAGGUUAUGAUGGCCAAGUGAUCAUGGUGAGGGUUUGAUGAAUAGGGUCAGAAGCAGCUUAGUAUAAUUAUGAAGAAUGCUUUGCCACUAUUACUUAUCAUUUUCCCUUUUGUUUUUGUAUUUUUUGUUUGUUAUUUGUUUUGGAUGGUGGUUUAAGACCUGGACUUGAGCGAAUGUAAUUUCUAUGUUCUUCUGACUCAUGUAUCUAAGGUUUGUUUUCUUUCUGGGAGAAUCUAGUUUAAGUUGCCUUUAUAUAUACGAGUACUUCGUAUCAAUUUAUCAAAUUAAAAUCACUGCCAAUUCUCUCAAGUGCAACGUGCCUAAUGCAUCACGAAGUAUAUUGGUAGAUUUCUGAUGGGUUACUCUCCUGAUUUAAAUGUCUUCGUGGAUUAGGUUCUAAUCUCUGAAGUAUGUAUACUCAUAGAAUAGUGGAUUAGGUACAAAUAGUAAUAUAAGCUUCAUUAGUAAAUUUUACUUACCCCAACUGUUGAUAGAGCAAGUAGUUUUUUAUUUUAUCCAUUUGUAUUGAAAUGUUUUUAUGCUUUCUUUUUUGGGAUGUAUUUUAAUUUUUGCUACA